GUGUGUGUGAUGUUCAAGUGCCUUGUUAUAAAAAUAAGAGAAAUUGUGAGCUGUGAACUUCUUAGUUGUUUGACAGCUCUGUCCCAAGUGUAGACAGAAGUUAGUUGCUAACAGACAAAAUAAUUUCUAUCAUAUUUGUUUUCAAUUGUAAAUAAGUUCUUUCUUUUGUACAGACAUAAUGGCCACCUAUAAUGGCCAUGCUGAUUCCAGAAUUGAUCGCAAUGAUCGCUAUUUCAAAUACUUAGUGGUGGACCACAAUGACUCCAUUGACUCAACCACCCAAGCUGAGUGGGCCCAGAAAAAACUGAUAUGGAUCCCCCACGACCACUUUGGAUUUGUCUCAGCUUCAAUCAAAGGAGAAAGAGGAGACGAGUUUGAAAUGGAAGUCAUGGAAACUGGAGAACGCUGCCAUGUGCCAAUGGAAAGUUUGCAAAAUAUGAAUCCACCCAAAUUCAACAAGGUGGAAGACAUGACCGAGCUGACUUUCCAGAAUGAGGCCUCAAUCCUCUACAACAUCAAGGAACGCUAUCACUCUGGACUAAUCUACACAUACUCUGGCCCGUUUUGCGUGGUAGUCAACCCCUACAAGAAACUGCCCAUCUACAAGGAGAAGAUCAUUAAUUUGUACAAGGACAAGAAUCGAAACAAAAUGCCUCCACAUGUCUUCGCCAUCACCGAUACGAUUUUGUUGAGGAAUGAAAAUGACUUACAUAUCUUGUCGAAUUUAACAGCCAUGGAACUUUGGUUAUCACUUUCUGUAUUUACUAAUGCUCGAUUCAACAAGUCGAGCCCUGUGGUACUAGCUACUGAAGUUUUUCUCUCAACUUGUUUUGCUGCAGGAUUGCAAAUUCUUUUCCAGUGCUUUUCCAUUAUUCACAAACGAAAAUACAAACGCAAUGUUGUAAACACGAGAAAAUAGGAAUUUCACGUGGCAGUAAUUAUUUCUCGCACGCACUACUAACACUGACGCAAAACUGAUCCACA